GGCAACAAAGGAAGAGGGAGAGGAAGAGGCUAUAGCCAAAGUGGCUAGCUAGCACAGAAAAAGCAAGAAAGGCUUUAAGCUUUUGUGAAACUUGGGAUGUAUCUUUCGUUAAACGGACUAAAACAGAGGAGGAGAAAACGAUGUCGGUCCUUUACGUGCACGAGAUGAGCACAGAUCACGAGCGGAACUUAUGAAUGUAUUGAAACAGUACUGUUCGUGUGAGGAUAGCUUAGCAUUUGGAAGCUAAUGCUAAAUGUCACUCGUUGUCACAUUUCGUGGUUCAUUUCAUUCAGAUUCAUGUUUUAACAGGAUUGAUUACUUCUCUGUUUAAAGUGAUGAAAAGCGCAGUGACGUUCACAUGAUUGACAUUUCCCAGUCACAUGGCAGGACUCUGCUGUUAGCAUCUAUCGGUCAGCACAUAGGACCGUCCUAUGCCCUCACCUUACGGGGUGUACAAGAAUGAAGAAGAUCACUCUCAAAACGAUCAGAAAGUCGCUUAACAUAAAGGGCAAAGAAGAUGGGGAUUUUGUCAUGCUUCAGCAGCCAUCCUUAGCUGCCGAGUUCACGAAAGAUGACUCCCUUUUUGGAGGUUGCUACACCAAAGGACUGGUAAGUUGUGAUCUUAAUGGGGAGGACGAGAAGGGUCACAAGAACCGAUCCAAGAGCGAAAGUCUUAUGGGCACACUCAAAAGAAGGCUGUCUGCAAAACAGAAGGCUAAGGUGAAAGGAGGCUCCUCUGCAGUGGGCUCUGGAGACGACGAUGACACCUUCUCCUCCUCGUCGGUCCCAAUAAGCUUCAAUGAGGCCAAAACCCAGCGGCCGAUAAGAUCCUCGUCCCUCCGAAGCCAUCAUUACAGCCCUUCUCCGUGGCCUUUCCGGCCCGUCAACUCAGAUGAAGCAUGCAUCAAGAUGGAGGUAAAGGUAAAAGCCAUGGUCCACUCCCCUACUCCAAGCCCCUCCCUCAAUGGCAUCCGUAAGGAGUUUCAUGAUAUCCAAUUAGAAGGUCUGUUCCAAGACCAGAGGAGUGAAUCUCUGAAGGACAUGGCGACUCAAAGUGGCAAUUUGCGUUUAAACAUUGAGGAUCACGUGCCUAUCGGUCUAACACCUCAGGACUACAUACAGUACACAAUGCCUUUGGAUGAUGGAAUGUACCCAGAUUCAUCCCAGUCUUUUUGUUUGGAUGGCUCCUCACCCAUGGAAGUUGUAGAUCAGGUGGAAUCUGAUUCGUUGCAUGUGGAUCGGGGCCAACACAUUCACGAUCUAAUGCCACCGGACAUUUUUAUGGACCAGUCCAUGCCUGGUACUCCAGCAAUGAUCCUAUCCAAUUCCAGAGCUGAUACGCCUUUAUUUUCUCCCUCACUGUCCCCUCUUUCUACCAAUGAAAUUCCAAGGACCCUUUCUGGGUUCAGUGGUGCAGACUCUCAUGUCAUUGAAAGAGUGAGGCAUCACUUGAACUUUGACCCCAGUUCUGUCCCCGGUGUUAGCAGGGUGUACGACUCUUUCCACAGUAGUGGACACAUGGUUGUAACGAGCCUUACGGAGGAACUUAAAAAACUGGCCAAGCAGGGUUGGUACUGGGGUCCUAUCACUCGAUGGGAAGCUGAGGAGAAGCUAGUGAACCUUCCAGAUGGUUCAUUUUUGGUAAGGGACAGCUCAGAUGAUCGCUAUCUCCUCAGCUUGAGCUUUCGGUCACAGGGAAAGACUCUCCACACCAGGAUUGAACAUUCAAACGGCAGGUUCAGUUUUUAUGAGCAGCCUGAUGUAGAAGGUCACACUUCCAUAGUAGAUCUAAUUGAACUUUCUAUAAAAGAUUCGGAAAACGGUGCGUUUUGUUACUCCAGAUCCCGUCUGCCAGGAUCCGCCACGUAUCCUGUUCGGUUGACCAAUCCCGUCUCUAGGUUCAUGCAAGUGCGCUCGUUGCAAUACCUUUGCCGAUUUGUCAUUCGACAGUACACACGGAUAGAUCUGAUUCAGAAACUGCCUUUACCAAACAAAAUGAAGGAUUAUUUGCAGGAGAAACACUACUGAACUGAUUGUAGUGGGUGGCAUACAGUAGUAAAUUGCACUUUUUGUUGAGUGAUACAUUCUUAAAACAGUUUACAUUUAUGGUGAUAUAGCGAUCAGUUGCAUAGGCUGGAUUUGUGUUAUUAGCAUUAGGUUGACUAUCUGUUCUUCCCACAUAAAAUGAGCAUUGAGGUUUUUGUUAUUGUUCAGAUUCAGUGUUUCACAACUACUAACUUUUCCGACCUAUGGCUUAAGAGACACCAUGCUUAAUGAAAUUCAUGGCAUGUCUGAAUAAACGCAUAGGUAUAAUGAUUACAUAAAUAUAUAUUGCAUUAAUAACUCUAUCUGGUUUUGAGUUAAAUGUUAAGGAAAUCAUGUUGCUGUUGUUGCCUUGCUAGGAAUUUGGUUUUGAAAAAUUUAGAUUUGUUUGUUCUGUGCUGUAUUAAGGAAACAUGAUGUCAGCCAGAUUUUUUGGCAGGUUUAUAUCGGUACUUUUAAUUAAACUUGCAAAAAUGCUGGAUGUCGAUUUUUGAUCGACACACAAUUUAAGUUUUUAAAGAAAAUACGUUUAUUCAGAGUUAAUCUUUUACAAUGAUUAAAUGUUAAAAGUUUAUCUUACCAUACGUUUUAUGCUAUUCAUAACUAUUUUAUAGAUCUGUGCAACAACACAUUCAGUUAUUCUGGUUUUAGAAGGCCACAAAUCAAGGACUCUGAAUAACAUGCAAAACAAACCUUAUAAAAAACAAAGAAUGCCAAGUGGUAUCUAAAAAGGGAGCAGGUAGAAAACAAAGGAGAUUUGGCAGAACAAAAUUAUUUUUGACUUCUAGGCAAAGGUAUUAUGAUUAGGGUUGCAAAGCACUGGAAUUUUGGAAUAAUUUCAAGUUUAAAGUUUAAAUUAUUUUUGACUUCUAGGCAAAGGUAUUAUGAUUAGGGUUGCAAAGCACUGGAAUUUUGGAAUAAUUUCAAGUUGGAAACUUAAAGUAAAAAAAAACAAUUAAAUUAAAUUAAAUUUUGGCUAAUUUAUACAAACUGUAUCACAUAUAAACAUGAACUUCCUUGAGAUUUGACUGAUCUUCAUCUGUGUGCCACAAAUCCCCUAUAUUCCCUUAUAAUUUCAAUGAAAAGUUUCCAGGAUUCUCAGAUUUUUGCAAUUCUAAUUAUGAUUCAUAUACAUGUUAAGUGUUUUUAGAGAUGCACCCAUAUAAUUUUUCCUGAAAAUGACACAGCAUUUUUUAGAGCAUAUACACAGAUCAAAUUCAUUGCAAUUUCCUGUUCUCUUUUGUUUAUAUCAGUGGCGGCUCGUGACUGCUCAUCAGAAUAAGUGUUCGGAGUGUCAUGCGUAUGGUUCCUUUUUUCGAAAUAUGUGUUCUGCGUGUCGAGAGAUCCUGUGUGCAUCACGUGUUUUUUUUCAAAAUAAAAGCCUGCUGCACACGCGUCAAAAGCGUUUAUGAUAAAAGAGAUGCUCACGUUCACAAAAUACACGCAAGACACUCCCUUAACAGUAAACUCUGAUAACGCAUGAGAUUAUGCGAGUAUCUGGCAAACGCGAGCAUCUCUUUUAUCAUAAACCCUUUGGACGCACCUGCAGCAGGCACUUAUUUUGACAAGACAAGUGAUGCACACAGGAUCUCACGAUACGCAGAACAGAUACUUUGAAAACGGAACCACACAGAACGAGCUACAUACAUGUUGUCACGAACUUCGCAUCGAGCACCUUCGAAAAAAGAAGUCACUGGCCGCCACAGAUUUCUAUCUGCCAAGACUAUCGGUUGUUUUUACACUGUUGUCCGAUGGUGUGAAAAAAUGCUUUUAUUGACCGAUACCGAUUAUUGGCCAAUAUUUUGGUGCAUCUCUAAUCGUUUCGUUUUUUUAAACACCAUAUGAAGUAUUUGAUCCCUUUCUAAUGCUAAAAAGAUGAACGUCACUAGUUGGUGUAAAUGCUAAAAGUAUUAAACAUCAGAAAAUGCAAGAAUUGUUUGUUAAAACCCACCCAAAUCAAAAAGCACAGUUUUAUAGAAACGUUUCAAAGUAGAUGACUUGUUUAUACUUGAACCAUGAGCAAACUUUCACUUAAUUAAUCUGCAAAUAUCCCAAAGGAAUAAUUCAGCAUUCAUAAGCUCUUGAGUGGAUAUGGGAGAUGUCUUCUAUGCGGAGCGAGAGCAGACUUUCCUGCCCUCUGUAAUAGCAGCAUGUCAGCCUGUCAUUUCAUAAACUCUGCUUCAAACCAAAAAUGUAAUAUUCAGACGAAUUCAUACAUUGUUAUUCCUUUUGGUUUGUUUUUUUCCACACGUCUGCUCCUUUUUUUUUUCCAUUUACCUAAAAGGUAAUUGUUUAAUGAAUGCUUUAAUAGGACUGAACAAUUAUGUCAGCCAUCGAAACUUGGUUUGGUUGAGUUUUUCGCAUGUUGAUGCAUCAGAUGACAUUUCAUUAUGUAACAUUGGGAUAGAUUGAGGUAUAAUGAUGCCAUGCAUGUGUGCUGCCACUGGUUAGCUUUGGUCUUUUAUUUGGAUAAUUAACAAAAGCCAUCGGGAGCUUAUAAAAGUCUUUUUAUCUGGCAUAUUGAAUGUGUGUGAAUCAGAGCCAGAACUUUCUAUUUGCGGUUUUCACACCACACAUGGUCUAAAGGCCUUUAAGACAGUGCCAGUUGGCAUUCACAGAAACCGUCGAACAAUGCUGUGUGAAGAAUUCGUGAGACACCUUGGGGAGACUUUGAAGGUUAGCUGUCAAAUAAGCGCAGUUUGCCAUCUUUAACGUUCAUUAGUGAACACAUACAUGAAUUAUUGGUAAUUAAGUUGCGUAUAUUAGGGAACAGUUAGUGGUGAAAACUACUACUUAACACACAAUAGAAGCUGAGGUUUAAAUGCUGUACCUAUGUUUUGGUAAAGAAUGUACGCUUCUGAUUGGUUUGCUGUAUCGGCACUGUUGCCGAUUAAAUGAAGGUUUGUCUGGAGUCAAUAGAGAGUUAUGUUUGUAUCUGAAUUAUCUGUAAAUUUGUGACUGUGAGAGAGUGAAAGAGCUCAGAUAAAUGUCUUAGGCAAGGCACAAGUUUUUCAAUUAGUUGUGUUUACGAGAAAGUGGAAGUUGACUGAUGCAAAAAACAAAAAGUUUGACCGCAAUGUACUUUUGUUUCAUUUCCUUUCAUUUUUCCCAAAAGCGAGGAGCAUAAUUAGAUUUAAAAAAUGAAAAUGUGUGACUGCAGUAGAUGUUUUUGUUAUUUUAAUGAAGUUGCUGGGACUCCAUCAUGUUCAGUAUUGUUUAUCAUAACCUUGUAUGUACGUCUUAAGUGUUGGUUAGAUUGCUGAAGUAUUUUGAAACAAUGACAGCCGAGCACUUAACAAGCUUCACUAAAGUCAAUAUUUUUCUAAUUAUAUUCUGUUGCCCCUGUGCUGCGAAUGAAGGUGAAUGUUUACAUGUUUUAGUACAGAUUGAUUAGUUUUUUCUCCGUUUAUAGUAUCUCUUUUAAACGUCUUGGUACAAUUUUAAGAAGUCUGUUCAUUUAAUGUGUCAUACACAUUUGUGCUGCUUUACGAUUAUGAUUGCCUUUUUUGAUUAUGAAAUGGGGGAUAGAUAUAAGCCUAUGUAUUCACAACAACUUUGGUAUACUUUUGGGAGUCACAUGCAAAAAGUCAAGGUUUUGGGUUAGUUAUAAUCUCUGAAUUCAGUCCUGUUGCCAUGAAGGGUCUGGUCUCUCAAGUUUACAUUGUCAGUUUUCCAAAAUCAGUUCUUGUAUGUUGUUUUAAUUUGAAUUAAAAAAAGUAUCAAUAGUGUUUUCUUGCACAUUUGGAUACAGUUAAACAUUUUUGUAUCUGCUGGUAUAAAUUAUGAAUAAAAAAGCUGUUCAAGGCUUUGCUCUUUA